GCCGGGAGCCUGGAGCCAGCGAGGAGGCUGCGCUGACCGAGGACCCGCGGGAUGCUGAUGCUGCCGGUGCCCACGAGCUCGGCGGGCGGAUGCGAGCCUGUUUGCUGCGCUCUGGCUGGAGCAUGGCCUAUAGGCCACAGCCACUGUGCUGGUUGUCCCCUGAGAUGAACGUUCCCGGGGCGCCCUCUCGUGGGCUGUGGAGGUAAUCGUCUGUCUGUGCGAAGUCAUGGCAGCCACCCUCGCACCUGGCCACCAGCCCACGUUGGGGAAUGAGACCCUGCAGGCGCAUUAUGGCUAUGUAGGGAAGCUGAAGGGCAGGCUGCGGGACCCCCCUGAGGGCAGCAUGCUCACCACCGUCCUCUUCUUGGUCAUCUGCAGUUUCAUCAUCUUGGAAAACCUGAUGGUUUUGAUUGCCAUCUGGAAAAACAAUAAAUUUCACAACCGCAUGUACUUUUUCAUUGGUAACUUGGCUCUCUGUGACCUGCUGGCCGGCAUAGUGUACAAGGUCAACAUUCUCAUGUCGGGAAGAAAGACGUUCAGCCUGUCUCUCACAGUCUGGUUCAUCAGGGAGGGCAGUAUGUUUGUGGCCCUUGGAGCAUCCACCUGCAGCUUACUGGCCAUCGCCAUGGAGCGGCACUUGACCAUGAUCAAGAUGAGGCCCUAUGAUGCCAACAAGAAACACCGUGUUUUCCUCCUGAUCGGUAUGUGCUGGGUCAUCGCGUUUUCAUUGGGUGCCCUGCCCAUCCUGGGCUGGAACUGCCUGGAGAAUUUCCCUGACUGCUCUACAAUCUUGCCCCUCUACUCCAAGAAGUACAUCGCCUUCUGUAUCAGCAUCUUCAUCGCCAUCCUGGUCACCAUCGUCAUCCUGUAUGCACGCAUCUAUUUCCUAGUCAAGUCCAGCAGCCGCAGGGUGGCCAACCACAACUCGGAGCGGUCCAUGGCUCUGCUAAGGACAGUGGUGAUUGUGGUGAGCGUGUUCAUUGCCUGCUGGUCCCCCCUCUUCAUCCUCUUCCUCAUUGAUGUGGCCUGCAAGGUGAAGGAGUGUUCCAUUCUCUUCAAGAGCCAGUGGUUCAUCAUGCUGGCUGUACUCAACUCCGCCAUGAACCCUGUCAUCUACACGCUGGCCAGCAAGGAGAUGCGGCGGGCUUUCUUCCGGCUGGUCUGUGGCUGUCUGGUCAGGGGCAAGGAGGCCCGUGCCUCACCUAUGCAGCCUGCUCUGGACCCGAGUAGAAGUAAAUCAAGCACUAGUAACAACAGCAUCCACUCCCCAAAGCUCAAGGAAGACCUGCCCCACGUGGCCACUCCUUCCUGUAUCCCCGGCCCAAACAGGACAGUUCAGAAUGGGAUUCUCUGCAAGUGAACAUCUCCACGGGUCAGCAAUGGAGCCACCCUUGUUUAUUCAGUGCACUGCUUCCAUGUGGGUCCUUAAAGACCUCAGGAGAGCUACGUAAUGUCCAGAUAGUGAGGACAUCUGAGGAGGAGAUCCAAGGAUUCGCCCAGCUUUGCAGUGUGGACAAUGUGCCUUGUCUGUUUUGGGCUCCAGCCUUCUGAAUGUACUAAGCUGCUGACGUCCUCAUCACUGAAUCCUGGGUACUACUUUCCCUUGUCAGCUGAGAGGGAAGGUGAUGACCCUCGAUGCGCAGUGUGCCUCUGGAUGGCAGUUGGAUAACUUCACACUACACUGACUACGCAUAGAAUGGGUGCUCGUAUAUGUAUCUGUCCAUUUCUGGGGCUUACAGGAUCUGUACGUAUAAGCUCACAUGAAGUCUCUGUCCUCCAGCUCUGGGAACCACACCAGGUACAAGGACAUGGUGUGACUGGGUAGAUAUAUUUGAUGUGACAUCUCAUCUUAUUCACACACAGAAAAAAAACAAAAAAACAA